AUGCCUUUCAAUAAUAAUAAUGAAUAUGAACUAUCGGAGGAAUUUGCAUCGAAACUUAUAAAAUUGAUUUCAAUAUUUUUAUGCUUAAAAUCGAAUGACUGUAAACAAGAAGAAUAUGAACAAAUAGUGGACUUACUAUCUACAAUAGACUAUGAUUUUUAUGAAGAAGAACAGAUAUCAAAAGCUAAUCCAAAUCUGACAUUUGAAGAGGAGCGAGAUAUACUAGCAGAAGCUAUGAAACAAUAUGCAAUUUCUCAUUGGAUUAAAUAUGAAAUUAAAGAGAAUAAAAUUGUCAGAACGAUCUGGAAAACAUGGUGUCAUGAACGAGAAUGUCGUCCCCGUGCUGGCAUUAUCUUAUCAUAUUUUGAUACUAAAGGUUUAGCAGAAGUUCUCCUAACAAAAUAUUAUAAAAACAAUUAUAUUCAAUAUGGCUAUGCUAAAGGUAAAAUUGAACUCGGUGAAACUGUUUGGGAUUGUGCUGCUCGUGAAGGUGCCGAAGAAUUAGGUUUGGAUGCUAAAAUUAUUUACAACCUAAUAAAAUAUAGUCAACCAAUAAGAAAAAAUGUAUUUAAUGUUGUGGAGAACUCAUCAAUAGAACAUUAUUAUUUCAUCAUUCGUGUACCCAAUAAAAACAUGGUUCUUAUGCCAAAUGAAAAAGAAAUUCAUGUAAAUAUUCAUAUUGUUUUACAUUUAAUUGAAUGGUCGUAUAAUCACUGUUUCCUUUUCAUGAAACACGAUCUAAAACGAGGGUCGAAGUAUAAAUGGUGUCGCAUAAGUCCUGAUUCUCAACAAUCAUUAAUUUAUUUGGAAACAAAGAGUAAUUCCUACUCAGCUGAAUGUAUAUGA